AUGGCGACAAGAACUUUUGUCAGGCAGAGACAAUUCCGGUUUCAGAUCCCUCGUUCAACAGCAUUCUCUUCAAGGCCCCCACAGGAAGAUACGCUCAACCUGGCUGCAUUGGAAUCCACCGCCCAAGCUAUCGACCCGGAAGCUGCACUGCAAGGAGAGAAAAGGAAAACAAGGAGCAAGUCUGACGUAAAACCGUGGGAAUGGCCUGCUGUGUACUUUGAAACUGGAAAGGGAAAGUUGAGCUCAUUAGUAACGCUUACAGCAGCUGCUGGGUUUGCUAUUGCGAUUCCAGUCGGUGCGCCAUUCUCAUGGACGGGCAUGGCUAUGACGAGUGCUGGAACGAUGCUCUCUGCGAUGAGUGCCAGUGCAUUCAAUCAGAUUCUUGAGCGCGAAAAUGACUCCAGGAUGGUGCGCACAGGUCGUCGCCCUCUCGUUGUUGGAAAGAUUUCUCCGCUGCAUGCAUCGAUUGCAGCAUCGUUUGCGGGUGUCGGUGGGGUUGCUCUCCUAGCAGUGACUACAAACCCUCUUGCCGCCUCUCUCGCUGCUGCCAACAUCGGCAUCUACACGUCUCUUUAUACCCCGAUGAAACAGAAGACCAUCUGGAACACUUGGGUCGGUGCCGUCGUUGGCGCGAUCCCUCCCAUGAUCGGAUGGGCGGCAGCAACUGGGGAUUUAGGGAUCGGGGCGUUUGUGAUGGGGGGGCUGUUGUUCUCGUGGCAGAUGCCACAUUUCCUUUCCCUAGCGUACAUGAUGCGCAAAGAGUACAAGUUGGGAGGCUACAAGAUGAUGCCAGGAGAGCCAAGCACGCCUGAGCUUGCAAGAGCCACCAUGGCAUGUAUGCGGCACUGCCUCUACUUGGAGGUGAAGAUGCUCGACGCAUGGUGGGCUCAGAUGUGA